AUGAAUGAGGUUGUUAAGGACGUGAUAAAUCCGCACCAUUUGGAGAAAUUUAGUGGUUUAAUCAGGGGUAGAAUUCCUGGGAAGCUUUCUUCACAUUCUCUAGCCAUUGGCGACCAUCUGCUGUUCUUUAAUGCUCUCAACAGGACCAUUGGCAGGGACGGUUACUUCGAUCACCAGUCCCCAAAGAAUCUUUUGAAAGAUCCCAGGUAUGAGUACUUGAGACGAGUAUGGGCGAAGGGCCAGAUAGAACUUCUCAGGCCGCUGUCGCUCGGCCAGGAAUAUGCGUGUCGAGAGAGUCUUAAAUUCAUCAAGAGGAUAAGAGGUGACCACUACGUCUGUCUCGAGCGACUGAUCGUGGGAUCCAACGGGGAGAGUCUGCUUAGGGAAUUGAGGACAUUGGCGUACACCAACUCACCGCCUAGGACUAGAAAUGCGACUGAAACCGCUGUCCGCAAUGGCGCAUCGCUGGGCACUUUCACAUUCAGAGAUCUGGACAUCAUCAUCUAUGGUCAACUUUCUUGCAAUCCCCACAGAAUUCACUGGGACAGAAGAUACAGUCAAGCGGUGGAAGGCUAUCGUGAUAUUAUAGUGCAGGGCCCUUUCGCGCUGCAGGUGCUCUUGAAGUUCGCCGAAGAUGCUAUCGGUUCCUCCAUCACCAAGGUCGAAUAUAGGAAUUACAAUUAUAUAUAUCCAGACACAGAGGUCGAGGUGAAUCUGCUUCCAGGACAGGGACAGUAUCGAGUAUGCAUGAAUGACGCUAGGAGACCGGAGGUCAUGUUUGUACAAGCCGUGGUCUCAUGUCAAUGA